AAGGGACUGAAUUUGGAUUGACAUAUGGCUUCAUUCAUUCUCCUUCUAUUCCAAUAUAUUCUGCUGCAGGCCUUUGCAGAUGGGGCGAAAGCUGACAGCAUUUUGCGGAGACACAGGCGAGCAAACACAGGACUGUUUGAGGAGUUUCUGAAUAGGAAUGUGGAGAGGGAGUGUAUGGAGGAGAACUGUGUCCUGGAGGAGGCCAGAGAAGCCUUUGAAAAUGAUGAAAAGACAAUGGAGUUCUGGGCAAGUUAUGUUGAUGGGGACCAGUGUAAAUCGUCACCCUGUCAAAACUGGGGCACUUGUGAGGACCAGAUGGGCACAUACACCUGUAACUGUCUACCAGGCUAUGUCGGCAAAAACUGUGAAAUAGUGACUGCCAAAAUGUGUGAUGUUGAUAAUGGAGGCUGUGAGCAUUUCUGUGUUGUGAUGGAGUCUCAUGGGACAGGGUGUCAGUGUGCAUCCGGUUACAGACUUAAAGAAGAUGGAUUCACGUGUGAACCUAUAGUAAAUGCCCCAAAAAGUCGUAUUGUUGGUGGCAAUCCAGCUUUACCUGGAGAAAUCCCUUGGCAGGUAGCGCUGGUGGCGCACUCAACACAGCAGGUGUUCUGUGGAGGCUCCAUUCUCAAACAGUCAUGGGUCAUUACUGCAGCCCACUGUCUAGGAAGCCAGAAUGGAUCCUUCUACAUCAGAGUUGGGGAGCAUGACGUCUCCAAGACUGAAGGCACAGAACAGAAUCUGAACAUCACCCGUUUCAUCUCACAUCCCCGUUAUGACUCCAAAUCUGGAUCUCUGGCUACUGUCAGUGGUUGGGGCUGUCUGCGCUUCCAAGGCCGAAGUGCAGUGACUUUACAGAAGGUUGAGUUGCUUUAUGUCGACAGAACAGUCUGUAAGGAAAGCAGCAGUGACCUGAUCACAUACUUCAUGUUCUGUGCUGGAUACUCAGAUUCUCCUAAAGACGCGUGUCAGGGGGACAGCGGAGGACCUCAUGCCAUGCGCUACCACAACACCUGGUUCCUCACAGGCAUUGUCAGUUGGGGAGAAGAAUGUGCCAAGAAAGGGAAGUACAGUGUGUACACCCAGGUUGGUAACUAUUAUCGUUGGAUACAGCACAUCAUCAGAGUUACAAAGGGAGUACUGCUUAAAAAUGUGGACCUGUGA